AUGGCACAGAAUCAACCACCACAUCCGUCGACUGAAAAACCGUCAGAUCCUGAAGACCAGUCCAGCACUUCAGCCGAGACCACCCAGCCUCCCGUUUCACCAACUGAUCCCAGAACAUGGCCGAGACGUCAAAAAUGGAACAUCACGCUUGUCGUCUCCAGCUUUGCACUCAUCUCGCCCAUCUCUUCAUCCAUGGUCGCGCCAGCGAUGAGCAAACUAGCCAGCGACUUGCGCAUCACAAACACCGUCGAAAUACAACUAACCCUGACCAUAUUCAUGCUCGCCUUCGCGUUUGGGCCGCUGGUUACCGCUCCUAUCUCUGAAACCGUUGGACGGGCGCGCGUCUUGCUGGUCUGUAAUAUGUUCUACAUAGUGUGGAAUCUGGCAUGUGGUUUUGUGACAAACAAGGCCGAAAUGUAUUGCUUUCGUUUGUUGGCAGGCCUAGGUGGAAGUGCUCCAAUGGUGGUUGGAGGUGGUGUUCUAGGUGACCUAUGGGCUCCAGAAGAACGCGGAAGAGCUGUCGGUAUGUACAGUCUAGGCCCGUUGCUGGGACCUGUCGUCGGACCGAUUGUAGGCGGUUUUAUUGCUGAGCGGACGACAUGGCGAUGGGUGUUUUAUGCGACAAGUAUCGUCGCAGGCAUUAGCGAGGUGCUUGGCUUUAUUUUCCUGCGCGAGACUUUCGCACCUGUUCUAAUGAAGCGACAUGGUGUCAAGACCGACACUCCUCAGCAGGCAGAACCCUUUGUCAGGAGACUGCAAACGGCUUGCAAGCGGCCCUUUUUCUUCCUAGUCACACAGCCCAUCGUCCUCGUUGUCGCCGUGUACAUGGCGUUUAUCUUCGGGACCAUGUACCUUCUCAUAUCUACAUAUCCGGAUGUUUGGACAGGAGUAUACGGCGAAAGUAUCGGUAUUGCUGGCCUAAAUUAUAUCUCCCUCGGCAUCGGCUUUUCCGUCGGCGCACAGAUCAUUGCUCUGGUCAACGACACCAUAUACCGUCGCUUGAAAGCUCGUAAUAACAACAAGGGCGAGCCAGAGUUCCGUGUUCCAGCCAUGUUUGUCGGCUCAGCCUGUAAUGCUGUUGGCUUGUUCUGGUAUGGAUGGAGUGUGCAGGCUCAUACGCACUGGAUUGUACCCAAUAUUGGAAUUUUCUUCUUCGCCUUCGGAACAAUCACAUGCAUGCAAUGUAUGCAAGUGUACGUUAUCGACAGCUAUACCGUCAAUGCAGCCAGCUGUCUAGCUGCCGUGGGAUUCGUGCGGAGUCUGGCAGCCUUUGGGAUUCCGCUAUUUGCUCCUGCAAUGUACAACGCCUUGCAUUAUGGAUGGGGAAACAGUGUGUUGGGGUUUGCGAGCGUCGUUCUAGGACUUCCAUCCCCGUUUUUGUUCUGGAUAUAUGGCAAGAAGUUGCGCGAGAUUUCGAAGUUUGCCGCGAGUAAUUAG